AAAUAUAGUUUUGUCGUUUUUUGUAAAAAAGAAAAAAAGAACGUGAUAUUUUCCUGCAUUAAGUAUCCUUAACCAGGAAGAAAAUUUUUUGCUUUUAGUAGAGAAAAAAUUUCAAGGAAAUCGUAAAAAACUUUGUUAUCGAUUUAACCUAUAAAAUGUUAAACUGUUAUUUUUUUUCUUGUGCUUUUGUUAUAAAUUGUAAUUAAACUAUAAAGAUCAACAAUAUACCUAUGUAAUUGAUCACGUAACAGUGUGUUUUUACUUGUCGUUUUAAUUUGUAAACACUGAAAAAAAAAAUUAAAAUAAAGGUUAAAUAAUGUCCCAUCGUGAUGAUGAUGAUGAUGACGCAGGGGCUUGCUACGUUUCGUCACAAGAACAUUGCUGUGAAAUAUGUGGAAUGACUGGUUUAUCUGAUGAGUAUAUGAGAGAACAUACAAGAACUUGUCAUGUUGAGGGUAAUGCCCAAUGUCCAUUUUGUGGUUUUAGUGGAGUUAUUCCUGCUGAGCUCCUUCUACACGUGAACCAAGCCCAUUUAGAUUAUUUGACACCAGAAAAUGAAUUAAUGAAUUUUAUUGAUGAUCAAAGUCCAAGCGUGGAUGGUGAUUCAGAUUCAAUAUCGGAAAGUAAAAUGUGUAUAACUCAUUCACAUUGCUCUUCGCAUAGCCAUCAUCAUCAUGGUCAUAACAGGUUGAAUGGUGCAGUUUCUAUUAUCAACAAUUCAAACAACGCUUCUGCAGAUGUAAAAUCGGAAACUCAACCAACCAAAACAAAAACCAAAUUUUCUGUAACAACAUUGUCAACCAAUAGUAAGCAAACCCAAAAACAGCAACAAUCAAUUAACUCUGCAAUAAUAACAGCAGCAACAAAUCAUGCCAGUUCAGGAAAUUUAAACUCAAAUCGAAUAUCAUCAGCGAGUUUAGAUAAUGUGUUAAAACAGCCGUCUAAUGUUUUGAAUAAUUCUAACAACACUAAUUCAAAUAAUCAAUUAAAACCGUCGUGUUCGAAUAAUUUUAAUUCGCAAAAUUUUUCUAAUUCGAAACAUCAACAUCAACAGCAAUUUAAAUUAGCAAAUGAAACUAACAGAAACUGUGAUAUGAACGGUGGUGCUAGCAGCAGUAACAGCAGCAUUAAUAGUAACAAUAGUAAUAGCAGUAGUAAUGGUUGCAGAGAUUAUAUGAAUGGAUAUGAUUAUGGAAAUAAUAGUUUGUCUGGUGGUAAUUCCACUAACAAUAGCGGAGGUGGCGGUGGAAGUAGCGGCUCACCAUCUAGAUCACAACUUGGAUUAAAAUUAAAGAGUAAUUCGCCGGCAACAAAAAAAUUAAGUCCUUUGCAAUGUCCCUUGUGUCCAUAUACUUCUGACAAUGCAAAUAUUUUGGAAGAACAUAUUAAUCGUUCCCACUUUGAUCCAUUGAGCCCUGGAGUGAAUGGAUCUUCCGCAUCUUCGAACAAUCAUUUUGGUACCUUAAACGCUUUACAAUGUCCAAUAUGUUUAAGAUUAUUUGACUCAUCAUCAGAUUUAGAAUUACAUGUCAACAUCGAGCACAGGGAUAUUUUAAGUCCUGGAAAGCCAAAUACAACAGAAAAUCAAUUCAACUUAUGUCAUAAUGGUAGUAUAUGUCCUGUCUGCAAUAUAUCAUUAGAUAAUAUGAAGCCUCAAGAAAUGGAAUUGCACAUUGAAGGUCAUUUUACGAAAUCACCCAAAAAUAUUAAUUUCGACACAGAUUUAGAAAAGCAGGCACAAAAAUUGAGAGAACAACGGGAGUUUGAAAUGUUAAGAGCUCAAUAUGGUAUGGAUGAUCAAGGCAAUUUUCGUGAACAAUCUGCAGCGGCAAUGCAGCGAGCAGUUUAUGCAGGUGAAAUGAGUGUAGCUGAUUAUUACGAACGACAGGUAGGUUUAAGGGCAGCGGAGUCACAUGGGAUUGACGAUUGUACGUCUUGCACCAAAUCGGUUGCAGCCCGAGUGUUAUCGCUUUCUUCUUCGUCUCCUGGCGUCAUGAAAUCGUUGGUGUGCUCUUUUGUUGAUCAUUAUGCCUCCAGUUACGGAGAUAAAGGAUGGGGUUGUGGCUACAGGAACUUGCAAAUGCUUCUGUCAUCAUUAUUACAAAAUACAACAUAUAAUGAAGCUAUUUACUCCGCUUGGGGGAAUCAUGGACCAUCCAGGACUGCUAUGCCCAGUAUUUCUCGAUUACAAAAAAUGGUCGAAGCUGCUUGGAAUCAAGGGUUUGACGUGCAGGGCUCUGAACAAUUAGGUUGCAAACUUUAUAACACCCGAAAAUGGAUUGGUGCUACAGAAGUAGUAACAGUUCUUUCCUGGUUAAGGAUUAAUUGCCAAUUGAUUGAUUUUCAUCGUCCAACUUCAUCGGAUGGAAGGCACCCAGAGCUUUUUAAUUGGGUUUUUCAAUAUUUUGAUGAACCACGUGUUCAUACUCCACCUUUAUAUUUACAACAUCAAGGUCACUCCAGAACAAUCAUAGGUAUAGAACAAAGGGUAUCGGGUUUAACCUUAUUAGUAUUAGAUCCAAGUCAUGGGCCAAGACAAGUAGCUGCUUUAGGGUCUUCACAAGACUCCUUAAGACUGAUUCGAAGAGGACCAUCUGCCAUGAGAGCACCACAAUAUCAAAUUGUUGCUGUCAAAGGAUUAAUAGAAACAGAAGAACAAUAUCAAGCUAGCAAAGUGCUGAGAUCAUUACGAAUUCCACCUGAUCGUUGACUUAUAUUUAAAAUUUUGGGUUUCUAUAAGAUAAUUACGUUACUACAAGAAUUUGUUAAUAUUUUAGUUUUAACUUGUUAGAAAUUAUAAUUUCAAAUUAAAAGUUAUGAAAAAAGCAGUUAUUUGAAUAAGAGGAAAAAUUUAUUUUUAGAACACAAAGUUAAGUUCUCACAAAAGAAAAAUUAGUUUUAGUUAGAAAAAAGUUACUAAUAAU